UGUUGUUGUUGGUUUUUUUUUUGCUAUCAUGAAAACGUACUUUUGACCCCUUCACUUGUUUAACCACCUUCUUUUUAAUCUAUUAACAGUCAUGAUUCAAUUGAAUUAAAAACGCUGAUUGAUUAGGAUGAUAUAAUCAGUGUGUGUCUCAGUAUAUAAUCAGGAUCUAACAAUUCCCCUUUUGUAUUGCAGGAGCUCCUUUUUUCCUCCUUCUUCCUCAGUACCUCAGAGGCUUAGCCAACAUCCUAAAUGACAAUGAAAAUUGAAAUGAGCAACAUGAAUCUGAAAGUUGGGGAUCAGCUGAAAAUAAAGGGUGAAAUCCUCCAUGAUGCUCAAAGAUUCCAGAUUGACCUUGGCUAUGAUUCAGAAGACUUGGCUUUGCAUUUCAACCCGCGCUUCCACGAUGACACAGAUGGAGCAGUUAUUGUGUGCAACUCAAAAAUGGCUGGUUCCUGGGGCGAUGAGAAAAGGGAACUACACAACCCCUUGCACAGAGGCACACAUGUUAAGAUUGUGUUCAAGCUGACUGGUGACAUGUUUGAAGUAGAACUUCCCGAUGGACAUGAAAUCCAGUUUCCCAAUCGUGUGGACAUGGCGGUGAUCAACUUUGUCCGAAUCACAGGAGACUUCAAACUGACUUGCUUAAAGAUCUGUUAAAUUAAACAGCAGAAGUUCAUCUCUAAGCCACAAAUGAAUGCCCUACCCUUCUCAUUUCUUCUAAACUGCAUUGGCUAAAUAAUUUAUGUCAAGCUACUGAUGUCAUUAAAAUACGAGUUCAACUUCACAUAUCGCAUCUGUCUUUGGUAUUGGAUUAAAAUGUGUUUAUGGUGCAAGUAUACGAACAAUAUGUACAAGUACUGUUCCUCAUUCAUGAGUGAAACAUGAGGUUGAAAGUCACAAAAAUUAGUUUGUAAACCGCUUAGCCUGAUUGUUGCCUAUCCCAGCUUACUUUGAAUAAGUGGAUCUCAAACAAAAAAGGCUUGUCAAGUACUCCUAUAACGACAUCAAGUCAUUUUUAUGAAUCCAAAUUUCACAAGAAAAAUUUUGAAUUAAACAUAACGGAAGUCAUUUUAUGACAAGAUUGUGAUUUGGACCAAAAACAAAACCUCCCAAAAAUCUGAGGUUAAAGACAGAAUACUAACGACAAAAAUCAAAGGAAAUUACUAAUGAAGAAAUCAAAAUUGAACAAAGGUUAUACUGUAUAAGAUGAGAAGCAUCUGUAAUUCUUGACAAUAGUCAAUGUUAUUUUUGAAAAAGUGUAUAAUUUUAAAGACAGAAAAUCAAAAUGUUAUAAGUAGAGAUGUCCCGAUCGAUCGGGUCCGAUCACGUCAUUUUCAAAGUAUCGGAAUCGGCAAAAAAAUAUCGGCCAUGUCUUUUUUAAUAUAUAUAUACUGUAUAUUUUUUUAAAUUCAAUCAUUUUCUAAUUGUAUUUAACGUUACAAACAUAAUAUGUUACACUCAUCCAGAGUCUUUAAUCCCGAUAACGGCAGUAAUUAAUUUUUUCAAAAAUGUAUCAUGUUAAAAUAUUUAACGCUAUUAAUGCAUGCGCUGCACGGCCCACCCACGCAUUGUCGCGCUCAAUCUGUAAUGGCGCCGUUUUACCUAUAUAGAGAGAUUAAAGGCAGUGUAAAAUGAGUAGAGGGAAUUUUGGCAGCCUUUGGAACCUUUUUUUAAUUGGCUAAAGCCUUACAAUCCCUCUCCCUACAAUUAGAAAUAUCAUGGGAAGCAAUGUGGGGAAGCAAGGGAGCAAGUGAUCUUUUUCUUAACACCUUAUAUUAUUUCCCAACGUAGAGAAGAUAUAUCAAUUGAUAGCACUACGCACAGUCAUGGUUCCACUUCCCAUCAUGCAUUUGGGCAUGGCUACAGUAUCGUUUUACUGAAAGCUCAACAAAUACACUAGGUGGCAAUACUUAGUCACAAUAUACAAAGUCACAAGUCUUUCUAUCCGUGGAUCCCUCUCACAGAAAGAAUGUUAAU